AAAAUGAACACAUUUUGCUCUCUCUUGGCCGUCUCCCCUUAUUUUCUCUAGAUGCUUCGCCCACGCAUUAGCUGACGCUCUUUCCUCCUUCAAAUGCCUUCAAAUACCCUGGGUAAAUUUCCAAAUUCUCCGUUGAAUUAUCCUACCCCGGGAGAAGUUUGGUCAUUCGCAUUCGUUCUUUCCAGCCAAUUUACAAUAGUUGAGGUUCCUUAUGGAUCAACAAGAUCAGGCAAUUGAAUUUUCUGUUACAUGGAGAGGCAAGAAGUUUAUUCUCAAAAUGGAUCCCAAAACUACCCUUAAAGCAUUGGGUGAUGAAAUGCAUCAGCUCACAAGUGUUGAAGAUGAUACUAUGCGAAUAAUUGUGCCCACUGAUAAAAGUUCAAAGCUGAUUUAUCCGUUUUCUAAGGAGCACUCCUGGUUGAAAUUGGAUGAGGCGUCGAUUCUUGAGGGAAAAUCUAUUAGGAUGUUGGGAGUUCCUAAAGGUGAGAUGGAUGAAGUCUUAGAAAAAGAAAAGGAAGACCUCAGAAUUGUUGGUUUUGAAGAAGAAGAAAAGAGACUGAGGCAGAGAUCAUCCUACCAGGCCUCCAUUAGACUUCCACAGGGGCAUUAUAUCUUCUGUGGUUUUAAAACACUCCAUCUUCCAGGAAUUGAGCUUAAUCCUCCAGCGUCUGAAGCCUUGAAACUAAUGCAUAAGCUUUCUGCAGAUCCAGGAAUUGUUGCCGUUAUGAAUAAGCAUCGCUGGCGCGUGGGAAUCAUGACAGAGAUGGCUCCUAUUGGAUAUGUUGGGGUGAGCCCAAAAUGUUUACUUGGUUUGAACAAGAAUCAAGGAGAAGAGAUUUCAUUACGCCUUCGCACAGAUGACCUUAGGGGUUUUAGGAAGUACCAGAGCAUCAAGAAGACCCUCUUGCAUGAACUUGCGCACAUGGUGCAUACUGAACACGAUACAAACUUUUACUCUUUGGAUAAGCAGCUCAAUGAGGAAGCUGCUACUCUAGAUUGGACUAAAUCAACAAGCCACACCCUGAGUGGUUUGCAAAACUUGCAAAACUAUGAAGAUGAUGUGUUCAAUGAUUCUGUUCUUUCACCACAAAAAUUGGGUGGGAAGUCUUUGUCUUCUGAUGCACGUGUGUCUUCAGUGGCUGCUGCCAUUCACCGUUUUGCCACCAAUCGCACUACAUUAACUGAGGAAUCAAAUCACAUGGAUGUUGAACAAGAAAACGAACAGACCAAAACAAAGUUAGAUUUUCAGCAGGAAAACACUAGGAUUCUCCCUCCAUUGGAUGCAGAUAGUGUUGAAGGAAGGCAAGAGAAUCAAGUCUGCAAUGCUUCCGGUCCAGAUGAAUCUCAGGACAAAAGUGUCAGGCUGACAGAAUGUGCAACUCUAAGUACAGGUCCAUGCACUCAAACUGAUGAGCCUGAUCCCGAUGACCAGGAAUUGCUGCGGAUACAAGACCCUGUGAACAUGGUUUGCAGCAAUUUGCGUAGAGCAGUUGAAGAACUAAAAGCUCAAGCUAGUCCCUCAGAUGCUGUUAGAGUACUGCAAACUUUGAUUAGAAUCAUCAAGAAUGUGAUUGAACAUCGGGAUGAAGAGAAAUUCAAAAAGCUAAGGAAGGCUAAUCCUAUAAUCAAGAGAGAUGUGUUGCACUAUAAAGUAGCCAUUGACGUCCUAGUUUUGAUUGGAUUCAAAGAGGAAAGUUUAAUCGACGAAAUGGGGAGAAGAGAGGAUUUCUUUGUCCUAAGAAGAAACGAUCCGGGCCUGCUGUGGCUUGCCAAGUCGUCCCUUGAUGCAUAUAUUGUAUAGGUUGCACCAAUUAAGCGUCUGAAUUUCCUAAUCAGGAUGAUCACCACGAAGUGAAGCCAAUUAGGUGUUUAACACUAUGUUUGGUUCAAGGAAUUUAGAAAAAAAAAGGGAAUUCCGAGAGCCCUUAAGCUUGAAGCUAUCCUGAAGGAGGAAUCCGAGUUGUAAGCGAGUUGACCUGGAGCAACCAGACACCAGCCAGGUAAGGUAAGGAGCCU